CACCACCGGCAGCAUCGUCGUUCCCUUUGCGACCUGCUCCGGUUCGUAGCGUGAGAAACGCGCGCGGACUCUCGCGCUGCGUUCCAUGAGAGUAACUCGGCUACUCCAGAUCCGUUUGAGAAGUGUAGAAAUCGUGUGAGAGGAAUAUCUUAAUCGUGUCCUCCUAUUCAUCCUCUCAUCUUUUCCUCCAUUUCGUUAUCGUCGUGAUCGGUUCGUUCACCGAGUGACUUUCUGUCUCUCUCUCACUCUCUCUCUUCCCCUUUCUCUCUUCCUCUCUCUUUCUUUCUCUCUCUUUCUCUGUCUUUCUCUCUCUCUCUUUCUCUCUCUCUCUCUCUCUUUAUCUAUCUCUCUCGAGGUUAUGUCUACCUUUUACCCAAAGAGUACUCAACAUCACAGUAGUAGUAAUAGUAAUAGUAAUCGUAGUAAUACUACCAACGUGUAUCCUUGUGUUACCGGGAGUGCCGGCAAAGAAGACAUAAAGUGUUCCAGUCUUCUUUUAUAUUGAGGAACAUAGAUCUAAGAAAAUUAACGUAGAAUUAUUAUACGGAGGGAAAAGUGGAGGAGACAUCGUGCAGAAGAGGACGACAUGUCCGCGAUGUCGCGGGGUCCGCCCCGCGCUCGCGGACCCACGCGGCGUAUCAAGAGGACGACGCCUCUUCCUGGAGGACUCGCCAAUAAUAUUAUCAACCAGAUUUCAUUCGUACUUCUGGUUAUCCUGCUUACUAUACUCGCGCCCUCCGUCGUUGCUGAGAAAAGCAAAGAAUAUCAGAUAAGCGAUAUUUGUAAAAGGAAUUUCAUGCAGGAUCUCUAUAGAAAAAUAGACGGUGCAGUUUUAACGUCUAAACAUGAAAGAGAUCUCGAUUGUGCCAUCACAUUUCAAACGCACAGCAUCCUACAACGUUUCAUGCUACGAUUCGAUCAACUUCAAUUGGAUUGUAACGAUCAUCUUUACAUCUACGAUGGCGCACAUGCGGUUGGCAGUUACAAGGCUGACCUGUCCUGCAGAAACACGAAGCACAGCGUUGGUGCGAUUUAUACGCGUACGAACUUCGUGACGUUGAAAUACGUCACCGACGCCUGGGGCACCAACAUGAAUGGCUUCCGGCUCGUCAUCACUGCCGUCAAGGAUCCCAAACACACCUGCAAGGAUUUUCGCUGCACUCAAAAUGAAUUCUGCAUCGAAACGGAUCUACUUUGUGACGGUGUGAAUCAUUGUGGCGAUGGUUCCGACGAAACACCCUCCACUCUCUGUGCCAACUCCGAGGCAUCGAUGAUCCUGGGUAUGCAGACGACCUGGUUCGCGCUUGCCUUCGUUUUCCUGCUCCUGAGUAUGGUUGGUCUGGUUACGGCAGCAGUUCUCUGCUUUUGUAGACAGCGAGCCUCGACCCCGAGGCACCCCCAUAAUGCGCACAAUGCUCAGACUCAUCCCCCUGUCAGCUUCCCAUGGAUUCGAAGCUCGUGGAGGUGCGCUCGAUACGUGCUUAUCCAUCGUGUGGUUUCCCUCGGCAACGAGCAGCACGUUUCGCGGCGGACAGUUUCGUCGCGAAGCUUGAACGACGACGUCCUAGUGAAGGAGAAUAAGAGAGACGAACCGAAGAGGAGAAGGAGUAGGAGUAGGAGGAGGAGGAGGAGGAAGGGGAGGAGGAGAAGGAGUAGGACCAUUUACAGAGGUGGAUACACCGGAGUCUUCUUCUCCAAUCUGAUGAAAGGACUACGAAGGCCAAUGAGAUCGUCGAAGAUGUCACAAGAGAAUACUAGAUUUAAUCUUAGCGAGUUAAUGCUCGCCAGUUUCCUCUUAUUCGUUGUCUUAAAGUAUCCAACGAUCGGAGCUAUUGAGGUUAAUAAUAUCGUGGUUGGCAACGUUGACAAUGACAUUAGCAAGGAUUAUUUUAUUGGUCCGUGUUUGGUUAAUACCAAUCAAACUUGUCCCGACGAGGAGGUAACAUUUUUUUUAUACACUCGUGAUAAUCCAUUUAAGGGACAGAGAAUAAUUGUCACAGAUACGGAUUCUAAUCUUGACGUAAUCAAUUUCAAUUCAUCUAAUCCAACGAAGAUAAUAGUUCAUGGUUACAAUUCCGAUAUGCUAAUGAGCAGUCUGGUUGAAGUCAAGGAUGAAUAUCUCAAGAAAGGAGAAUAUAAUUUGAUCGCAAUUGAUUGGCAUAGAUUAGCCGUUGGACCGUGUUAUCCAAUUGCAGUUUACAACGUACCUCAUGUCGGUCAGUGUUUAGCACAAUUGAUAAGGAGACUUGAGUUUCACGGUGCUAAGGAUCUACAUGUCAUUGGAUUCAGUUUGGGAGCACACGUGCCGGCAUUUUCCGCUAAUUAUCUUAAACCAUAUAAAUUGGAGAGAAUAACCGGAUUAGAUCCGGCCAUGCCAUUAUUCGUUGCUGUUGAUAAUGACGAAAAGCUUGAUUCUAACGACGCCAAUUUCGUUGACGUUUAUCAUACCAACGCCUUUAUACAAGGAAAACUCGAACCAAGCGGUCAUAUAGAUUUUUAUAUGAAUGGUGGUAUUAAUCAACCAGGAUGUUGGGAAAAUAAAAAUCCAUUUGGAUGUAAUCAUCAUCGAUCGGCCGAAUAUUUCGCCGAGUCUAUUAAUUCUGAAAUAGGUUUUUGGGGAUGGCCCUGUUCUGGCUUUUUACAAUAUUUAUUGGGUUUAUGCCCGCCAAGAUAUCCGGCUGUUUUAGCUGGCGACAAAGUUGAUAGAAAAUACAAAGGAUAUCAUCUGGUUAAAACUAAAUCACAAAGCCCUUAUGCCGAAGGAAUGUUUGUAGUUAAUCCCAAAGACGUACCAUACAUGAUUAAUCGUAAAUCAUUAACAUAAGUAUUAUUAUUAUUAUUAUUAUUAUUAUUAUUAUUAUUAUUAUUAUUAUUAUUAUUAUUAUUAUUAUUAUUAUUAUUAUUAUUAUUGUUAUUACAUAAAUUUCAAAUUAUAAAUCUUUAAGUAUUUUAUUAUAAUACUUUAAUAUCAAUUUUUCUGUUACAAUUUGUUCAAAUAUUAACACAUGUGAGAAUUGUAUCUUCUUUCUUUCUUUUUUUUUCUCUUUCUUUUACUUUUUCUUUUUUUUCUUUCUUUUCUUUCGAUAUACGAACGGUUAUAUAAACACAGUGAAAAUUGAUUUGUAGUCGUCAUAAUCAUUGUCAUCCUCAUAAUCAUUGUCGUCGUCAUCGUCAUCGUCGUCAUCGUCGUUAUUAUUAGAGAGAAUAAUCUAGUAAAAAAUAUUCCUCUUAAAUUUUGUUCGUCGAUCGAAGUGAACCUGGAUUAAACGCAUAUAUAUAUAUAUAUAUAUAUAUAUAUAUAUAUAUAUAUAUAUAUAUAUAUAGUAGACAUGUAAAUGGUAAAAAGCAUGAGUAUAUAAAACCAUAUAUAUUCGUAUAUACACACACACACACACAUUUACAUAUAUGUAUAUAUAUAUAUAUAAUAUAUAUGUAUACAAGAUACGUUAUAUACUAAGAUAAACGUUCGAUAUUCCGUUUAAUAUUCACGCGUGUGUAAUAAAUCGUAGAGUGCUGACCAGGAUCGUUUUGUGUGUUUAUCGUGAGUUUCUCUCUCUCUCUCUCUCUCUCUCUCUCUCUCUUUCUCUCUCUUUCUCUAUCUUUCUCUCUCUCUCUCCUUCAUUCAUUCUCGUCGAGGGAGAAGAGUCGUUCCAAUUGCAGCAAUAGCAGCAGCAGGUCCAUGUACAUAUAUAUAUA